AUGAACACCAGCGAUACGCUUGAGAAUGACAUCAACUCAACUAUUGAGAUCCUUAGUGUCCUAAUCGCGACUGCUCUUUCUGGAACACAUUCAAGGAACGAAUUCAGGCGCAUGCGUGCAGAGACCAUACAACGGGAAUGUACCGUUUUCCUGCAGCUACUACAGGAUCGGGACCUGGAACAGAUUGAGGAUCGAUGGGAAGACUUCUGGGAGGAGACUAUGGACAAUUUCGAAGCCUCCAACAGGUAUCUUCAGGACCUGAACAUGUCAAACAUGUCUGAUCCCGGAACAGCGUCCCCGGAGUUCGAACUUUGGCGUAAGGUGUCGAGAGAAUAUAACAAUCUCCUCGAAUGGUUGCCUCGCUUGAAGCAAGGCAUUUCGAAGCGGGCGAAGCGCUCACCCCCUUUGUCCAGCCGUAAGUCCAUUGUCCACGUAACGCCUCCGAGCGGAGUAUCCCUAUGA